AUGGCGUGUGUGUAACUAACUAUGCUCUCUACUCGCGUGCCCACCAGUGUGCAUUCAAUGUUGUUAUCAUGGCACACACGUUAGGAGGGACAUGUAAUUUCUUGUUAACUUAAGGUUCAUUUUUAUUGCGAAUGGGCUAAAAACUGAAUUGCUGGAUUAACAUCUUAAAUCACAUCAAAAGAAGUAUGUAACACAUAUACUUUGAUACUACAUCUGCGGGAAGAUCCAGUUUGUUUAUAAAUUUUGAAGGAAAAGUGAUAAUGUUCAUGCAAGUGUAUUUCCUUGUUUAAAAAAAUUGUGCUGGAUAACUGUGUUUGGAUUUCAAGCUUACAUCAGUGGCAACAUAAGAGAAAAAAAAAAGUUGUAUGUGUUCUGCUAUGGAUGUAUCACAAAGCCACUUAAAGGAUAACUGGGGCUCUACUACAUUGAAAGUCUGAUGGCGGACCCAGAGAAACUUUAUAUGCAAUGCCCUCUUGUUCUUUGGGUGGAAACAUUCAAAGCCAAUGAUGGGCAUCCAUUGGAGUAUAGAGAUUUGUAUGAUGGUGUCUUUCUUAAUGAUGUCAUGCAGCAAAUUGACCCCAGACUUGCCUACGAGAACGUGAACCGCUAUGUGGAUGGCGUGGCAGUGCGGCUGCAUAAUUGGGAAAUACUGGUGAAAAACAUCAGGGGCUUUUAUAAGGAUGUUCUACAACAGUUGCUGGUCAUGCGUCUCCCCAAUACUGGUGCCAUCAGCAGGGAGCCUAGCAAGGACUCAAGCUUUGCGGAGAUCCGUAAGGCUUUACUCCUUAUCCUGGGCUGUGCAGUGCAGUGUGAACAGAAGGAAGCUUUCAUUGAUAAGAUCAUGGCCAUGGACAUAGCAGCACAGACUGAGAUUGUGGAUAACAUCAAGGAGAUAACUGAUGACAGUGAGAGUGUUCUGCCAACCCAGAGACCAGAGUCCCCAUGCAGCUCAGGCUCCUACAUAGACAAGAUGAUGCACCACCUGCACAGGCUCAUCAGGGAGAGGGACCAGUGUGCCGAGCUUGCAGCUGACCUGGGUCUGGAGAGAGACUACUACAUGACACAGUCUGAAGGUCGACCUGUCCUCAACACACCUCAGCUCUCACCUGACAAGCAUCACCUGGCGCUGGAGCUGGCAGAAUGCAAGGCCAAACUGAGACAUGUACGCCAAGAACUUGAAGACAAACAGGAACAAUUAUCUGAUGUUAGGGAUGAACUGCAAGACACAGUGGCUGCAUGCACACAGUUAAAAAAUGAGAAUGCUGCCUUACUACAAGAGGCUAGGGUUACUAGGACACUGAGGGAUGAGUUAGAUAUAGUCAAAGAAAAGGCCAGUAAAGUAGAUCUGUUUGAGAAAGAAAUUUUGAAGUACAAGGAGAGGUUGAAUGAAUUAGAGUUCUACAAAGCCAGAACUGCUGAGCUCAAGGAAGACAACUCUAUACUUGAGGAAACCAAGGCAAUGCUAGAGGACCAGCUGGCCAACAGCAGGAAGAGGAUAGAGACAGUUGUAGAACUUGAAUCUGAGCUAGGGAAAUACAGGCAGCAGAUGGAGGAACUUUCAAAAGAGAGGGAUUUAGACCGUGAAAAAAUAGAGUAUCUGACGGAGGAGAAUGCUAGGCUGGAGUUUGAGAAGAAGUCAAGUAUGUGUGAGAGUGCUAGUCUGGAGACUGAGCUGUCUGCUGCCAGAUCAAGGAUUGGGAACAUGACAGCGUCCCUGUCUGACCAGCUGAGCGAGACGUCCCAUGCCAGGGUGCUGAGGCUGGAGCUGGAGAACCAGAGGCUGGUGGCCAGGCUGGCGGAGAUGAAGGAGACGGCGCUCAUCAGGAGCGCUGAGGUCAGCCUGGAGCUGGAGAAGGAGAACAAGAGGCUGGCCAACAAAGUAGAGAAGCUCCAAACAUCCGUGUGUGAGUCCUCUGAAAAGGUCAUCCAGCUGGAGGGUGACCUGAGUGUGUCUAAGGAGGAGAGGGAGAAAGUCCUGAAAGUUCUGGAGGCGGUCAAGGAGAACUGUGAGAGGCAGGUGAAAGAGUUGGAGAGGGAAAACGAUCAGCUGGCUCAGGCCUUGCAUACAAUACAGGAUAGGUGUGAACAGACCAAUGAUGUCAAGGUGAAAGACUUGGAGCGAGAGAACAAGCGCCUGCACGAGGUGGUGACAGCCAAAAACUCCCAGCUGAGCAAGCUGGAGUUUGACAACAGACAGCUGCAGAGGUCUAGUCACCAGCUGCAGGAGUCCUCACACCGUGUGAAGGAGCUGGAGGUGGAGAACCAGACUCUGGAGAAGGAGAAUGCUGAGCUGCAUCAGAAGGUGGCAACACUAGACCACUGCCUGGAGAAGCUGGAGGCCAUAGAGCAUGAAAACUCUGACCUGAGCGUGGAGAACACCAAGAUGCAGAAGAUGGUGGAGACACUACAGCAGGCUGCGCAGCGCAGGGAGCAGCUGGAGCAGGACCACAUCUCACUGACACUGGAGCACCAGCGCUUACAGAGAACUCUUGAUUCACUGAAGACAGAAUCUGACAGAGUUGUGGACCUUGAGUCAGAGAAAGAUGAGCUGAACAAAGAACUGCAGCAGCUGAGGAAGACCCUGGAGGGACAGAAGACCCAGAAACUGAGACACGAACAGCUGGAGUUUGAUCUCAUCGACCUCAACAAUGAAAACCAGAGAAUGCAGAAAAAUCUGGAGAUGACAACACGACGCCUGCAACAACUGGAGCAGGACAACAUGGACAUUGAGACGGAGAAUGAGAAACUCAGCAAGGAGCUGGAAGGUCUGAAGGGGGUGGCCAAGAAGCUGGAAGAUGCGGAGCUGGAGACUUCGCAGCUGGAGGCGGAGGUGCAGCGGCUUCAGAAGGACAAGUCCACUCUAGAGAAGGAGAAUAGGAAACUGAAGCAGAGCACUGAGCUGAAAGAGUCGUCUCUGGAAGAGGUCAAUGCCAAGCUGUCUCUGUUUGACCAGGAGAACAAGGGUCUGAAGAAGGCGGUGGAGAAGAUGAGGGAGACGUGCGGGAGGGUGAAGGAGCUGGAGAGGGAGAACAACCAGCUGUUGCAGGAGUUGAACACAGACAGGAGGACACUGGCCACUCUCAGGGAGGACCUGGUGAACGAGAAGAUCCAGUCCCAGGAGCUGAGCAAUGAGCUGGAGCAGUUGACUGGGGAGCUGGAGAAGGUGGGCAUCAACACAGAGAAGCUGACCAUGGCAGAGCAGACCAAUGAUGCCAACCGUUACAAAGCUCUGGAGGUGAUGAUUGAAGAGACACUGAAGAAGAGCAGUGAGCUAAAAGAUGAGAAGAUCCGAGCUCUGGAGUUCAGGCUGGAGGAGUCCAAGAACAGGAACAUGAAGCUCCAGGACGAGCUCAGGUCACACAAGAGGGAGACGGAGACAUUGAAGCAGAGGCUGGAGGAGGAGGUGGCGGGGCAUGAUGUGGCGGGGUCUAAUGACAGAGAUAGGUACACAAGGACACAUUCCACAUCUACACCAGCCAAAGAAAUUUUUGAGCUCAAGGAUCAUUUGGUGGAGCUUGAACGUUGUAACGCCAGGCUGCUGGCUGAGACAGAGAACCUGCGGGGCAACAACUCCAGCCUGACAGAACAGUGCCACAAGCUGGAGAACCAGCUGUCCACCCUCCAGUCCACCCAUGCCACCCUGCAGGGGUUCUACUCCAGUCUACAGGAGCAGAAUGCCAAGCUCCAGGUUGAGUACACCACCCUCCAGUCCCAGAGCUCCUCCACCCUCUCCCAGCAGGACGUCUUGCGCAACCAGAUGUCCCGCCUGGAGUCGGACUACGAGAACCUCUCCCACAAGCACGAGUCCCUGCAGGGCACGCACCAGUCCCUGGUGUCUGACCACGAGUCUCUGCAGCACCUCCACCACCAGCUGACCUCGGAGUAUGAGUCCCUCGUCUCCGAGCAUGGGGCGCUCAAGUCCAUACACAAGUCCCUGAAAAUGGAGUACAAGACUUUGUCAGAUCAACUGGAUACUCUGCUGAUGGGCAAGGAUGAUGUCAACAAGCUAAGGGAGAUAAUGGACAAGGAGAGAGACCAGUUAAAAAGGGAGCUAACUUCUGUGGGUAACCUUCAGUCCGACUACAACAGGCUGCGUGAAGACUACCAACAGCAGAGGGCUGCCUAUGACAAGCUCAGCAGGGACUACACAGAUGUGCUUUCAUCACAUAAACAGGUUAAGACAGACUACAACAAUCUUCAGCUGAAGAUGACAGAACUACAGGGGGAGUUGAGUGAUGCUAAGGAGGGCAUGGCUGUGGCUGACAUGGAGUUUCAGAAGCUGGAAAACAAAAUGGAUGCUGUGUACCAGAUCAACGAGCGAAUAGAAAAUGAGAACCAGUCGCUGCUGCUCCAGAUCCAACAACUGCUGAACCAGAACCACGACCUGCUCACACAGGCCCUCAACAGCAAGGACCACUUUGCUGAGGAGGAGAAGGCCUACCUGGAGAAGCUGUCUGAACUCCGCAGGCAGAAGGAGAGACUGGAAGAGAAAAUUAUGGAGCAUUAUAAAAACCGGAUUUCUCCUAAAAAGAAAGGUCUGGGUGCAUUAAUCGCUCGCAAGGCUCGUGGUAUUAUGUCAAGGGGGCCGCGGCGGACCAAGAGCCGCAACAACCUGUCAGAUCUUGCAGACAGCUCCUCUCAUGGCUCCAGUUCCAAUGACCCUAGCAGCGACCCUGCACGCAGAAUUGGUGAUAGUUUAAGUCAGCUGUCCUUGAGCUCAACUUACACUGUAGACAAAAGGGUGCAGCGCAGCAAAAGUGUUGGGCCAGUGCGCGGAGCCAGUCCCAAACUGAACAGCCAAAGCAAACUGCUGGCCAAAUCUCAAUCUGCUUUGAGCUCUCCUGUGAAAGAGACCACGAGGCUGAGAGUAGCCAAAUCCAGUGAAGAUGUGAAUGAAUCAUGUAAUGCUGACUAUAGCUUGCUUCCAGCAAAGGGCUGUAAUCACGCCUCUCCACCGGACUCUACUUUGGACUGUUCUCCUUAUCUAUGCACAUGUGAGCCCAGCUCUCUUUAUUCUACUAUUCUUCUCUAUGAUUUCUUAGCCCAUCCACUUUCCUCCUUCCCUAUUUUUUAUAUCACUUUUGUAUUAAAAGAUUAGAUGA